GUUUCAUAUGUGGAGAACUAGAGGGCAGCAGGGAUCCUCGAAACGGGCCUUAAAUAAAGGCAGCUCAAUUAAGGAGAAACCUUAUUAUCACCAUAAAACAAAACGUCAAAAACCCACUGGAGGGUUAAAGCCGCUGGAGUAUAGACGCUCCGGAUUCCUGAAUCUUUCCGAUAAUCCAUUUUGUUGUUUUUUUUCCCUGGUCGGGUAAACCCUAUUUAACCAAAAUAAGCAUGUCGCCAGCUCUUGUGGUUGAAGCCGCCCAGCCUGAGACUGAGCAGGUUCCUUCUACUGAGGAACCCAAGAAGCAGCCCCAGAGCGAGGAGGAGGCUGUGGUUGAGGACGUCAAGGAAGAUGAGAAAGAAGAUGACGAUGACGAGGAUGACGAUGACGAUGAUGAUGAUAAGGAAGAUGGUGCCCAAGGUGCUAAUGGAAGUUCAAAGCAAAGCAGAAGUGAGAAGAAGAGUCGGAAGGCGAUGCUAAAGCUGGGCAUGAAACCUGUUACUGGUGUAAGCAGGGUGGCCAUAAAGAGAACCAAGAAUAUACUAUUUUUCAUCUCAAAACCUGACGUCUUCAAGAGCCCAAAUUCUGAGACCUAUGUCAUUUUUGGUGAGGCUAAGAUAGAGGAUUUGAGCUCUCAGCUACAGACACAAGCUGCCCAGCAGUUCAGGAUGCCAGACAUGGGAUCUGUGAUGGCAAAAUCAGACACCUCUGCUGCAGCUGCUGGAGCACCGGCUGAUGAGGAAGAGGAAGAAAUUGAUGAGACUGGGGUAGAGCCUAGGGACAUUGAUUUGGUCAUGACACAGGCUGGGGUAUCGAGGAGCAAGGCUGUCAAGGCUCUCAAGACUCACAAUGGGGACAUUGUUAGUGCUAUUAUGGAGCUUACCACUUAGGUGGCCUCUGUUGCCUUAUUGGUUUGCACUUGCAGGCUGUCAAUGAGUUGUUGGAACUAGUUCAACAUUUUAGUUGUUGUAGUUGAGCUAACUUACCAUCUAAUGGGUGGCUAGAUUAGCCUUUCAUUUUUAUCAAAUUUUAGAUAAUUUUCUCACAACUCAUGAUCACCAUCUCUGUGACUGAUCGCUCCCUUACCCUUUUCUAUAAGGAAUUUUUGCAACUUGAUUAAACUGGUUUUUUGCAAUUGAGAUCGUGGUGCAACUGAAUUCAUGUAUGAUUUGAUGUUGAGGGCAUUAGAGAUCGAGUACUUUGAUCCCAAUGCUUCUGCUGCAAGUUUGUGGGAAAACGGAAAUGUGGGCAAAAAAGGAUAUCAAAAUCAAAGGAAAUGAAAAUGUCAAGUCUGUUUUUUCAGAGAAAUGUUAAUAUCCUCGUAUACUGGGUGUCACAUGGCAUUUCUUUUGUUGGUGAACUGAAUUCUCCUCAGGCAUCAGCGGAAGCUGCCAAUGAUGAGUUUUGUCAUUAGAUUGUGAUUAGUUCAGUUAGGAGUGUUCAUUGAGAAGGCUGAUUAUUGAACUCCCGAAUCAAACAUUAUCACACGAAAGGACUGUACAAAAUCGAGCCAAUGUUUAUUACUUUUUGUUACUUAUUUUAUUGCUUAAAUGAUAAGUGCAUUAGGUCUAUGUUUUGUUGCCAGAACAGGCAAGAUAAUAAAUCUGAGAUUCAUCCUUGUUGCAUGUAAGUGAUUUAAGACCCAGCAUCGAAAUACACUUCUAGUAAAGCAGUUAACUCAGCACAGUAUGUGCAAAUACAUGAAGAAAUCACCAUAAAACCAGAGCAAACAAAAUAAAAGAAGAUUCCGAAAU